AUGGAGUCCUCCCUUCAGUUUCAGCAAGAGUUUGAAGCUAGGCUGCUGCCACCUUGGCUUGGGUCGAGAAGGAGAAUUGGGGCUGGGUUCGCAAGUGUUGCUUGGGGUGGUUUCAAGCUCUUGGCAAAGGUCUCCACGGCAGUUGCCGUUCGACAAGUUACCUGGGGAGUUUUUCGAAGGGCAGAGCCGGGCCUCCAAGGGUGCGGCUUGGCUUUUGUGAAAUUCGGUGGAGCCGGGGUCGUUGAAUAUUUGGCAAAGCAUCCAGAUUAA